CCAGCAGGGGGCGAUGGCGCACACUGCCGCUCUCCCCGCUCCCCUCACGAAGAAAAGGCACUUCCGCUGCUCUGCUCUGUCACAGACGUCAUUUGAUACAGCGAGAAAGUCAGGAUGGCAGGUCGUCGCAUAGCCCUGAAGGCCAUUGACUGGGUGGCGUUUGCUGAGCGGGUUCCACCCAACCAGAGGAGCAUGUUCAACGCCCUGAAGACCCGCAGUGAUGCCAUCGCUGCAAAACUCGCCUCCCUGCCUGAGUCUCCUACCACCAUCGACUGGAGUCACUACAGGGCCGCUGUCGCCAGAGCCGGCAUGGUCGAUGAGUUUGAGAAGAAGUUCAAAGCCCUGCAGAUCCCUCAGCCUGUUGACACACAGACCAGCGCCAUCACUGCACAGGAGGCUGAAUCUAACAAAAGUGCAUCCGCCUACAUUGAAGGAUCUACUGCUCGCAUUGCUCAGUAUGAGCAACAGCUGGAUAAGUUCAAGAACAUGAUCCCCUUCGACCAGAUGACCGUCGACGACCUCAAUGACACUUUCCCCGAGACCAAGUUGGACAAGGUCAAACACCCCUACUGGCCCCACAAGCCCAUUGCCGAACUGUAAUCCUAUUACUGGACACCCGCCUCCCAAUAAAGAUUAUGUAUUUUAAAAACAAAGUUGGGUAUAUGUUAAUUAAUUGUUCGACAUUAACAUCUAGAAAACAAAAUGUAUCUCAAAUGUUCUGGGCCUUUAAACAUAAAGGAAGAUUGGGAAGUUGCUUGUAUUGUCCACUAGGGGGCGUUAUUGCUUUAGGUUUACGUUCAUUAUGUGGUUCAGAAAACCAAGUUGUGUAAAUCUGACUGAUCAAUCAUUGGUUUACUUUCAUUUGGCCAUGGUAUCUGUAUUUACAUGAUUGUUUGUAACGGAGACUUUAAAUUAAAUUAUCAACAUCAAA